AUGAUAGACAAAGAAAAAUAUUUUUCACAUUUUGAUCAAGUCACAGUAAGCAGUUUAAACCGACAUGCUGUAGCAACUCAUGCAGAUGUUGGUUUUUCAAAAGUCAUCGCAUUAAAAAAACAUUUAAAACAAAUAGCUCCUUGGGCAAAAGUUGAGGCCGUUACUGAAAUUUUUAACAGUAAAAGUGCACCAAAACUUUUAUCUGUUGUUAUAAAAUUAUUUAUGUAUCACUCAUCAAUUAUUACUGUUGUUGAUUUCAUUGUUGAUGCUAUUGAUAAUAUCGAUACAAAACUUGCCUUACUUAAAUAUUGCCAUGACAAUGAACUUCCAAUUAUAAGUUCCAUGGGGGUUGGCGCUAAAGCUGAUCCAUCACGUAUACAAAUGAGUGAUAUCAACGAAAGCAGAAAAGACAAUCCUCAAGAUUUUGCAACUUUGCCUGAUUUCAGAUGUAGAAUCCUUCCCGUAUUAGGCACUAUUCCUGCAAUGUUUGGAAUGUCGAUUGCCACAUAUAUCAUAACAAAAAUAGCGGGAUAUCAUAUUGAACCAUUAUUAAAUAAAAAUCGUGAAUCACUAUAUGCAAGAUUGCAUCGUGAUCUGUUAAAUCGUGAAACUAGGAUUUAUGGUGUAGAUAAUAUUCCUUUGGAUGUGCAUGAGAUUGGAUAUAUUUAUGAUGAGAUAUGGAGAAGCAAAAGUGCAAUAUCUGGAUCUUGCGAAAAGCCAACCCUUAUAAGAUGGAAUAAAGACGAGCCAUUAACUACACAAAAUUGUGUGGUUAUGACAAAAACAGAAGUAAAAGAGCAUGAAAAACUUCAAGUAAAACCUGAAGAGCACUACCCUUCCGAAAUAGUAGAUUUGGUACAUGCCAGAUUUAAAGAAGAAAAAGAGAUUUCUAGAUUUCGCUAA